CCGGCCUAGCAACGCCAAACACACCGAGGUUAACCUCUGCUACAAGUCUGAUAGCAUUGCCUGGCUAACACGCUCCGAGACGGACUGUUGGGAUUAAAAACGAACAUGAAGCCGACAGACUAUACGGGUUUCAGAUUUACCGCCGCAGGUUGCUGCGCAGCUCUUUGAGUGUUUACGGUAGAUGCUAUAAAAGGGGCGUCCACAUCCGGUGCGUUUCCACCCACACCUGGAUGAUCAGCCUCACGCAGCUCCAUAGAUGGCCUCUAAAGUGAAUCAGCCGAGCUCCGACAGGACCGUGAGCUCCAACAGGACCGUGAGCACCUGUCACACUGGAGCCAAACCCGACCACCUCUCUGGCCUUGUAAAAUCCAUGGAUGAGAUGAGAAAACGGGGUGCACUGUGUGAUGUCACCCUUGUGGUUCAGGAGAGGCGCUUUUCUGUCCAUCGGCUGGUUUUAGCAGCUGGGAGUGAAUUCUUUCGCCUCAUGUUCACAACAAACAUGAUCGAGUCAAUAUCUUCUGAGGUGGAGCUACCGGGAGUGGAUCCUGAAAUCGUUGAGCUACUGAUUGACUACAUUUACACAUCGCAAAUCAAGUUAAACAGGAGAAACGUUCAGUCAUUGCUGCAGGCAGCCUGCCAGUAUCAGAUUGAGCCUAUCCAACUGAUGUGCGAGGAGUUUCUGAAGGAACAGAUGGACAUUGCAAACUGCAUGGAUAUGUGGGCCAUGGCACAUUAUUUGGAUUGUGAGGGACUGAAAGAAAAGGCUGAAGCCUUUCUCAUUAAGCACUUUACAAAAUCAAUCAUGUUGAAUGACUUCCUACAGCUUCAUAUCACCUGCCUGUCAAGGAUACUCAGGAAUGACAAGCUUUCUGUCCCUGAGGAGCAGAUCUAUAGUGCUGCCUUACGCUGGUUGAAGCAUGAUUUGCUCAACAGACAACAGCAUUUGGUGGAGGUGUUGAGCUGUGUUCGCUUUUGUCUGAUCUCUAAAGACUUUCUGUCGCAAACUGUGCAGACUGAGCCCCUGAUUGUGAACAGCCCACAGUGCCUCAGCAUGGUCACUGGUGCGAUACACUACCACCUGAACUGGAGGGAAAACCAGGACUUGGCAGUGAUAUGCCAGCCUCGAUUGAAAAAACUCAAACACAUUGCUUUGUUUGGACACUUGCAGGCUGACCCCUGCCGCUACUUCAACCCUAAGGAUUCCAAGUGGACAGCCAUCCACUGCUCCUUGGAGAAACGGUUGAAUGCUGCAGCAGUAUACUGGGAUGAUGAGGUCUACAUAUUGGGAGGCUCGACUUGCCAAGGUUUUGAAAAGCGCAUAGACUGCUACAACAUUCCACAUCAGAGAAUGUACUCCAGAAUGGAGAUGCCCUCACCCCGUAACAAGCUAGCUGCCUGUGUCUGUCAGGGAAAAAUCUACAUAUCAGGUGGAAUAGUGCAGAAUCACCUGCCUGUGGACCUCUUUGAGUCCUUCGACACACAUACUAAUUCGUGGCAAGUCGAAACAAACUUGUUGACCGCCCGCUGCUGCCAUGGAUCAGUGGAAGUCAACGGGCUCAUUUAUGUUUGUGGUGGAGGACUGAUGAGGGACCACUUUAGGAUUAUCAACACCUGUGAGGUGUACGACCCCAGGAUCAGACAGUGGAGGGAGUUGAGCCCCAUGAUAGAUACUAGGAAGAACCAUGGGCUGGUAGUGGUCGGCAGCAGGAUCUAUGCCAUUGGAGGGAAGGGUCAUGAAGGCCCUUUGCAAUCAGUGGAAUGGUAUGACAUCAACAAUGACAUUUGGCAUCCUUGUGAACCAAUGCCGUUUCCUUUAAUGGUGAAAUGUGCUGCCAUUGGUGAAACGAUCUACGUGCUGGCGGGCAAAGGGAAGGAGCGACUCUGCCGCAUCCUGAAAUACAACACCAGAACCAACAAGUGGAGGAUUUGUCAUAACAUCCGUGCGGUCCCAUACCCAGGCUCUGUUGUCUGCGCAGUAGACCUAUGAGUGUGUGUGUGUGUGUGGGGGGGGGGGGGGGGGUAUUCUAUGUAUUUUUAAACUGCCUAAUAUUUUAAAUUUUUAUAU